ACGAGCCGGACUGGGACGCCCGGAAGUGCGGCGGCCGCCGCCGCGGUGUCACUACGUCUUCCGUGCUCACCUGCGGCCUCCAGGCAGUCUCCCGAGAUGGCGAGCGCAGCGGCGUCUGCAGCCGCAGUCGGCACCCUUGCAGCACCUGUGGAGCAGCUCCGGCACUUAGCGGUAGAACUGCGGCUGCUCCUGCCCGGAGUGCGGGUCGGCGAAGCCCGGGAGACCACCAAGGAAUUUAAUCGAGAGGCUUUUUGGAGAAGACUGAAUGAGGCAGCUGUGACAGUGUCGGGGGAAGCCACGGCUCUGACCGAAGCCUUCUCUCGACUUCCAUUGCCAUCUCCACAGGAAACCCAGAUGUUCUGUGAACAGGUCCAUGCUGCCAUCAAGGCAAUUAUUGCAGCAUACUAUUCACUCCCCAAGGACCAGGGAAUCACCCUGAGAAAGCUGGUGCGGAGUGCCACUCUGGACAUCGUUGAUGGCAUGGCUCAGCUCGUAGAAGUGCUUUUCGUCACUCCAGCUCAGAGCCCCGAGAACAGCGACCUUAUUUCCUGCAACAGUGUCUGGGUUGCAUGCCAGCAGGUGCCUCGGAUACCAAGAGAUAACAAAGCUGCAGCCCUUUCAAUGCUGACAAAGAGUGUGGAUUUUGUGAAGGAUGCACAUGAGGAAAUGGAGCAGGCUGUGGAAGAAUGUGACCCUUACUCCGGCCUCUUAAAUGACACUGAGGAGGACAGCUCUGACAACCGUGGUGAGGAAGAGGAUGAGGUGUUGGGGUGUCCAAACAAUCGGGACUCGUAUUGGUCAGAGGAAGAUCAAGAGCUCAUAGUCCCAUGCCUUGCACUGGUGAGAGCAUCCAGAGCCUGCCUGAAGAAAAUCCGGAUCUCAGUGGCAGAGAACGGGAAGAAGGAGCAGGUGGCCCAGCUAGACGACAUUGUGGAUAUUUCUGAUGAGAUCAGCCCUAGCGUGGAUGAUUUGGCUCUGAGCAUAUAUCCACCUAUGUGCCACCUGACUGUGCAAAUCAAUUCUGCAAAACUUGUAUCUGUUUUAAAGAAGGCACUUGAAAUUACAAAAGCAAGUCAUGUGACCCCGCAGCCAGAAGAUAGUUGGAUCCCUUUACUCAUUAAUGCUGUUGAUCACUGCAUGAAUAGAAUCAAGGAGCUCACUCAGAAUGAACUUGAAUUAUGAGUUUUCAGGCUGAUUUGUAUUCUCCUCUCUUCUUUUCUUACUGUCACAGGCAGGCUCUGAUGUCUGCUUUGAAAAUGGGGCUACAAUGUUUCUGAAUCAAAAGGGAGUUGCUGUCUAUAUUUAGAAAGUGACACUGUUACCAAAGAUUGUUGGCUAGGCUCUACUGGCAAAAUAAACCCUUAAGAGUUUUAUAUAUUUUAAUGAGCUAGAUAACAAAAGAUGAUUGCAUGAAUUUGCAUUCCUGAAUCACCUCUCAGAGAUCCUGGGGAAGCUGCCUUAUUCCCUGCUUGCAAUAAAGUGUGUUAUUUCAUUGUUAAAGAAGGUGAUGGUCUCAAUAAAGUGCUGACCUGCUAGUGGUUAAAUGAC